AUGGUUUGUUACUUGCUGUUGGAUUCCCCUCCCGACUAUGAUGAUGAUGAGGAAGAAAGCCUUCAAGUAGACAAUUCUGCAAUGAAUAUCCACACUAAAUACGCCACCAAUCUCAUUGACGAGGAGUUCAGAAAAGCAAGAUGCAUUCCAAAUAAUCUAACUGACAAGGAGAUAAAGAGUUACUGGAAACAUGUUCGACGCUGGCAACGAGAAGUGGAGAAACAGUUUUUAAGUACAAACAUAUUUAUAGUAAAGGAAGAGUUGGACGGUGGAAGGGCAAUCAAAAUAAACCUUUGGAAUGUUUUUAAAAUACAGAUGUUCGUCAUAUGUAAUAAAACGAAAGAAUCUGAUGAUUCUUCUAUCGAAUCAACUACAAGUUUACAAAACAUCAACACAUUUGAAAUCAAAGAGGAUCAAUGGAACUGCAAUGCGAAUAUGGAAAUCGGUAUAUGGAUAAAUGACCAAAUAAAGGUGGAAAAAUUUAUGGAAGCUAUAACCAACAAGUUUUCGAACAUUCUGGCAAAGAUUGAAAUGCAAAUAAACAAAAAUUGUUGUCCCUAUGCGAUUCUAAGAGACAGAAUUGAAGUUAUAAAUGAUAACAUCGAUACAAUAUUGCAACUACGGACAUUAGAUCAAUACGAGCGAGCAGAAUCCAAUGGUUAUGCAUGGCUAGAUGUGCAAAACUUAUUGUCCAACAAGUUGGACUAUCUAGAAGCUAGAUUGAAUAGCAUGACGAACCAAAGUAAGAUUUCUCUAAAACGUUUAUUGGCGACCAUUCACAAAUUGGAGGCUCGCUUAAGGACGGUUAAGGAUCAAAUCAACAAAUCCUAUGAAAACGCUAAAAAAUGCUCUCUCAACUGCGAUUGGGGAGAAUUGCCUUCGAUAGAGGAGCUGCAAGCCCGGUUAAAAACUUUGGAAGCUAAUUUAAAGACAUAA